AUGGAUCCAAGCUUCUUCACCGUGGGGAUGUGGUCCAUUGGCGCGGGGGCCCUGGGGGCUGCUGCCCUGGCACUGCUCCUGGCCAACACAGACAUGUUUCUGUCCAAGCCCCAGCGAGCCAGCCUGGAGUAUCUGGAGGAAAUAGACCUGAAGACUCUGGAGAAGGAACCAAGGACGUUCAAAGCAAAGGAGCUCUGGGAGAAGAAGGGCGCUGUGAUCAUGGCUGUGCGGAGGCCAGGCUGCUUCCUCUGUCGAGAGGAGGCCGCGGACCUGUCCUCCCUGAAGCCCAAGUUGGAUGAGCUGGGCGUGCCCCUCUACGCAGUGGUGAAGGAGCAGGUCAAGACUGAGGUGAAGGACUUCCAGCCUUAUUUCAAAGGAGAAAUCUUCCUGGAUGAAAAGAAGAAGUUCUACGGCCCCCAGAGGCGGAAGAUGAUGUUCAUGGGGUUCGUCCGGCUGGGCGUCUGGAGCAACUUCUUCCGGGCCCGGAGCGGAGGCUUCUCUGGAAACCUGGAGGGCGAAGGCUUCAUCCUUGGGGGCGUCUUCGUGGUGGGAUCAGGAAAGCAGGGCAUUCUUCUCGAACACCGAGAAAAAGAAUUUGGAGAUAAAGUAAACCUAGCCUCUGUUCUGGAAGCUGCUAAGAAGAUCAAACCACAGGCUGCAAGUUUAGCCUCAGAGGAAAAGUGA